AUGAAGAAGGCUAUUGAUUCGAAGAUGACAGUUCACUAUAUAGAUAUUCGAAUAUGGGCUCUAAAAGAAAAAUUAGGAUCAACUGUACCAGUGCCAAGAAACCUCAACGGCGCCAAGAUACCUCCAGAUGUUGUUCCGCCAGUGUAUGGACAAACACAAUCACCACCACCGCAGCAAGGAGAUGUACCAACACCACCUAAAGAAGGAAAUGCUCCAGCAACAUCAGGAGAAGGAAAUGUAAAACCACUUCCGUCUACUGGUAAUAGUGCAUUACCACCACCUCAACAAGGAGUUGCACCACCACCACCUAAAGAAGGAGAUGCAUCAGCACCACCUAAAGAAGGAGAUGCAUCAGCACCACCUAAAGAAGGAGAUGCUCCUGCAACAUCAGGAGACGGAAAGGUAAAACCACUUCCGUCUACUGGUAAUAAUGCAUCACCACCACCUCAACAAGGAGUUGCACCACCACCACCUAAAGAAGGUGAUGCAUCAGCACCACCCAAAGAAGGAGAUGCAUCAGCACCAUCUAAAGAAGGAAAUGCACCACCACCCUCUGAAGAAGAAGAUGUAAAACCACCACCUAAACAAGGAGAUGCACCAGCACCAUCUAAAGAAGGAGAUGCAUCAGUUCCAUCUAAAGAAGGAGAUGCACCAGCCCCACCUAAAGAUGAAGCUGUAAAACCACCCCCUUCUAACGGUAAUGGAGUAUCACCACCACCUAAACAAGAAAAUGCACCACCAUCAUCUGAAGAUGUAGAUAAACCAGUACAAUCUAAACAAGGAGAUGCACCAGUACCGUCUAAACAAGGAGAUGCACUUACACCACCUAAAAAAGGAGCUGUAAAACCACCCCCUUCUAACGGUAAUGAUGUAUCACCACCACCUGAAGAAGAAGAUGAACCACCAUCAUCUGAAGAUGAAAAUGCACCAGGACAAGCUAAACAAGGAGAUGGACCAGCACAAUCUAAACAAGGAGGUGCACAACCAUCAUCUAAACAGGGAGAUGCACCACCACCAUCGAAAGAAGGAGCCCGUUCUAAGGCUGGAGAUGUACCACCACCAAUAACCCAGGGAGGAUUUUAA